AUUAUAAUUUCCAAAACAAUGACAACCACCAAAUCCGUGCUUGUCAUUACAACCACCCGUCUAUAUUCCAAUCCAAGAGACGAGCAAACAAAGGCAAAAAUCAGCUGGCCUAAUUAAUAAGCCUUACCUUGAUUGUUUCUACACAUUGCCAAUCUCGUGCAUCCUUACCAUCUCACUUACUCUCUUCAGUCCACCUGCAAGAAUUCAUUUCCUUUGAGUCUUGGAUUUUUAUCUUUCAAAGCCAGCAAUCCCAAUUCUAGAGAGCCAAGCCAUGGCUGUCUGUAAAAGCCUCCAACACAUCUUUGAAAAGCAGUUGCCUGAAAAUCAAACCCUUCUUGAGUCAGUCACGUCAUCAUGGAGCCAGAAUGUUAAACCUGUGGAGCAAACUGAAAGGUCUUCGUUCUCUGAGCUAUUUGGUGAUCUCUAUUCCAAGGACGCUUUGUCUUCACCAUUAUUUGCUUCACUUCCUAUAUCGUAUGACCAAAAUCCAUUAUCUUCCAUCGAUUCAAGCCAAAUGUCAACAAACAAAAGCCAGAAUGAAAACGAUAAUCACAAAAAAGACUUCCCUUUUUCAUUCCCUCUUGGAAACAAUCAUUCCAGCUUCAGCAAGAUUGAUAUUGGCUUUUCCUCGGUGAAGUCAGAAAGUCUGCAACUUUGCACAGAGGGACUGGGGUCAGAAAGUUCGGAUGAUGUUGAGGACUUGCAAGUUGAGAUGAUCAAUGGAAACUGGCAAAUCAAAGAAGAGAAAGUGGUGAGCGCUUCUGUCAAGCAUGUUGCAACUGGGACUUCAAGUGGCGAACUUAGGAGGUCGCGGAUGAGUAGGCAAGCUUUCCCUCCACCUUUAUCUUUCAUAGGAAGGAGUGGAAAGACAGGGGUUUGUUUCACGUCCUACAGGCAAGAUGGAAGAUUUGUCUUGAAAGAAGUAAGAAUUCCCACUCAGGAAUUUCUACAAGCACGCAGAGAGGAUGGGCGUCUGAAACUGCAAAUUGUUCAAUCCGAUGACUAUAUCCUGGAAGAGGAAGAUGAAGCGGAUGAAGAGCAGGAUGAUGUAGAAGGGAAUGAAAGAAAUGAAGAAGAAACUGAUGAUAGCGGUGUUGGGAACAAUGGUCAAUCUUGAAAUAUAGAAGAAGAAACUCAGAGAGGGUUGAAAGUGAUACUCGUCCUUUGUAGUUUUGUGUAAGGUUCUCAAGAUUAGUUUUCCUUCCCAAACAUGCAAAGAACAAGGGAAAAGGGAAAAAAAAGUGUAAAAUUGCUGUCAAAUCUUCUUUCUCCUUUUGUGUAUUAGCUUGCACAUUCAUCGAGAAAGAAACAUUGUAUAACUGCAGCGAUGGAUCAGCUAAAUAUUCUUGGUUACUGGUAGAAAGGAUGAUGUUAGAGCAUAA